AUGCUCCGGCCGACAAUCCGGGGCCGACUCGACCCGGUCACUGACCACCCGAUGGCGGAGGGCCCGCGAUCCAACGGCUGGUCCUCCCGCCCCGCCACGCCUUCCGCGGCGGGCGAUAUCAUCCCCAGGACGAACAGCAGCAACUCCUCUCACGGCCCUAGCCAUGCCGCGCACCUCCUCUCGGCGUCGCCCCCGCCCGUCGCGUCGAAGCGCUUCGCCCCGGACGCCUCCAUUGUCCUGGUCGGGAUCCGCGGCUCCGGCAAGUCCACGCUGGGCAUCAUUGCCUGCGCUGCGAUGCAGAGAGUCAUGGUGGAUCUGGAAAAGGCUUUUCAGCAGACCGUGGGCUCGACGAGCGCCGAGUUCCGGAGGGUCGCGGGCGCGUCCAAGUGCCACGCCAAGCAGGUCGAGGUGCUCAAUUCCGUGCUCGCCAGCCACGCCAACCACGCCGUCAUCGUGUGCUCCUGGCUGGAGCGCGGUAUACAGGCCAUUCUCCGCGACUUGUGCGCCACGAACCCCGUCAUUCUCAUAAGCCGAGACGCCGACGCGAUCCAGGAGCACCUCAAGAUUCCUGACCGGGCCAAGAUGACGAGCUUGCUCAAUGCCAGCGGCGCCAUCUUCCACACCUGCACCAACUUCCACUUCUUCAACAUUACAGAGUACCCCACGCGAUUCUCUACGCCGGAAUCCGAUGAAGAGACGGCCCGCAGCGACCCCAUUGCCCGAAAAUCUCCCGCUCACUACCUCACGCUCAAACGCGCCGAACGGCAUUUCCUAAAGGAGUUUACUUACGCCGUGUCCAUCCCCUUGUCCGUUCUCCUCAGGGACGGCAUCGACGUUGAGGAGAUUGAGACCGCCGCCGACGCCAUCGAGAUCGUGGUCGAUAAUCUUUGGUUACCGAGCCCAGACGGCCGCAUCACCCCGCCCGAGGCCUCGCCCUCACCCCUCUUCCCGCCGGCCGCGCCGGGAGGCGGCCUCGGCUUCGAGAGGGUGCGCGACAUCGCCUGCAUCCUAGGAAACAUCCGGCGCAACACCGUCCUACCCGUCAUCUUCCACGUGCUCGCGCCCCAGCAGAGCAGCCAGCCACCCCCGCCCGCCGACUGGCAGCACCUCUACCUCGAUGUUGUCGACCACGGUUUGCGCAUGGCGGCCGAAUUCGUCACCCUAGACCUGCGGCUCGGCGACCCUGACUUGGCGCGCUUCGUCUCGGGCAAGCGCCAGAGCAAGAUCAUUGCCAAUUUCGAGUCCACCGUCGGCGAGGACUCGUGGGAGUCGCCCAUCUGGGUAUCCCGGUACCAACGCGCCAAGAGCAUCGGCUGCGACCUCGUACGCUUCGUCCGCCCCGCCGCCAGCAUGGAGGAUAAUCUCGCCGUCAGCCGCCUGCGCUUCGCGGUGAAGAAGCUAGGCGAUAUCCCCGUGCCCCUCGUCGCCUAUAAUUCGGGUGCCCUGGGCAGGUACUCGGCCUGCUUCAACCCCGUCCUCACCCCCGUCGCUCCCCGAAACCCACCGCCGUCAACAGAGGCGACGAACAGGAACACGGGCGCCGCGUCCGCCUAUUCACCGCCCCUCAUCACAUCUAGAGAGGCGACAAAUGCGCUCUACUCCUCCUUUGUCUACGAUCCGAUGAAGCUCUACGUCUUUGGCGCCAACGUGGACUACAGUCUCUCCCCGCCAUGCACAACACCGCGCUCGAGGCCUCACCCUCUCAUUCGGGACCCCACCUUUGCCGGCGCCUCAGUCGGCCUACCCUUCAAGGUCAGCAUCAUCCGGCUCACCGAUUCCCUGAGCCCCCACGCCAAGGCCAUUGGCGCCGUCAACACCCUCAUCCCCAUUCGGCGCCUCAAUUCGGACGGCAGCGUCCCCGAACUCAGCGCCAUGCUCCGCGAUUCCAACAGAACCGGCCCCGGGCUGUCGCCCGCCAACGCCGUGAGGCCCACCGCCACUGCCGUAGUCGUCGGGGCGGGCGGUAUGGCCCGAGCAGCCGUGUACGCGCUACUGCAGCUAGGCGUCAAGAACAUCAUCAUCUAUAACCGCACAAAGCGCACGGCUCAAGACAUGGUCGCCCAUUUCACCAAGCUGGCCAACGAAAUCGGCCUACCGAGCUUGGGCUCGGUGCCGAAUGGAGAUCGGGCCGUGCGAUUUCACGUCCUCGACGAAAAGCAUUCACCGUGGCCCGAGACCUUUACUCUGCCGACCAUGAUCAUCUCGUGCAUCCCUACCCAUGGGAUGGGCCAUGUCCCGUCCCCGGAAUUCACCGUUCCGCAAAACUGGUUCGCCAGCCCGACGGGUGGCGUCGUCGUCGAGCUCGGCUACAAGACGAUGAGCACCCCACUACUCGAGCAGUCGAGAGCGCAGGCCGACAAGGGUUGGGUCACAUUGUUUGGCCUCGACCUUCUGCCCGAGCAGGGCUUUGCCCAGUUCGAGCUGUUCACAGGUCGUAGGUCGCCUCGGCGGCUGAUGAGGAGAGCGGCCCUCCGCGCCUACCCUGACAUGGAAGGAAAGCCACCGUCUUACGAACUACAGUCAAGACUCAGGUCGAUACCAUUCCAAGAACCGUAA